GUAUUUUACACAUUCCAGAAGUCUCAGAGUGUUCGAGAAGAAAACCCGAAAACUUCCGUUGAAGAAGAAAUUUAAAGUUAAUCAUUCAUCAUCGUCACCAUCAUCGCUACCUGAGAAAGAGAUAAACCCUAGCUCGCGCAAUUUAGUAACCGGCUGUUUCAGCGAUAAAUGGAGAAACAAGGCUCCGACCCGCGGGAACUACAAUGCGUGGGGAGACUUGAAAUCGCCCGGCCCAAGCCCGCCGGCUUCCUCUGCGGAUCCAUACCGAUAACCACCAAUGAAGCUUUUCGUGAUUUGGCCUCCGCCGCGCUGGUUCCAUCUCCCAAUAAUACGGUAAGAGCUCCAAGGUAUCGAAUGAUUCCAACAGAAACGGAUUUGAACGCGCUACCAUUACUCUCAAGUAUUCCAGACAAAGUGAUACCAAUUCCAGCUUCACAAUCAAGGAUAAACGGGGAUUCACCCUGCCAAGGUGCCCCUAUCUUGUCAAGUCUUGUGAGAAAGGGAGAAUCUCUUGCUGUAUCUGGUUUAGUAGACUAUGGAGAUGAUAUAGAUGUAAUUGCUCCGGCUGAUAUUUUAAAACAAAUAUUUAAGAUUCCAUACUCCAAGGCUCGAGUGUCAGUUGCAGUCCAUCGUGUUGGCCAGACACUUAUCCUGAAUAGUGGGCCUGAUACUGAAGAGGGAGAAAAACUGAUUCGAAGACAAAAACGUCCGCCAAAAUCUGUAGAUCAGUCCUUGUUUCUGAAUUUUGCUAUGCAUUCUGUAAGGAUGGAGGCUUGUGAUUGCCCACCAAGUCACAAUACUUCACCAAAUGAACAAUUUGAAUACAUGUCAAGUGAAGGGUCACCUGAAUCCUUAGACCAUCCAAGGCAAGGGCAGGCGUCGUUUAGGCAGCAUGAAGGCAUUGUUCAAAGGGAAGGAUAUGCCCAUCAUCAAGAGUCGAUGGCUGAAGAAGAAAAUCUAUUGUGGAGGAAGAAGAAAAAUAAGAGACAUAAAAAUCGUGAAGGUGUAAAGGAGGUCUCAGAAGUUGAAGAAAAGUCAAGGGGCCCGGUUCAAGAGUCUGAAAAGUACAGGAGAAGUGGUGAUGAUGAUUUCUUAAGGGUCUUGUUUUGGCAGUUUCACCAUUUUCGUAUGCUCCUGGGUAGUGACUUACUCAUCUUUAGCAAUGAAAAAUAUGUUGCCGUGAGCUUGCACUUGUGGGAUGUCUCACGUAAGGUCACCCCAUUGACCUGGCUUGAAGCUUGGUUAGACAACUAUAUGGCUAGCAUUCCGGAAUUGGCCAUAUGCUAUCAUCAGGAUGGCGUUGUUCAAGGUUAUGAGCUUCUAAAAACUGAUGAUAUUUUUCUCCUGAAGGGCAUAUCAGAUGAUGGAACUCCUGCUUUUCAUCCCCAUGUUGUCCAACAAAAUGGUCUUUCAGUUUUGAGGUUCCUUGAAGAGAACUGCAAGCAAGACCCUGGUGCUUACUGGCUAUAUAAAAGUGCUGGGGAAGAUGCCAUCCAACUGUUUGACCUUUCCAUCAUUCCCAAAAACCAAACUCCAGAUAACUGUCAUGAUAGUUCUGAUUCUUUGCCAUCUCUGAUUUACAGAGGGAGAAGUGAUUCAAUGCUCUCCCUGGGCACUCUACUGUACCGUAUAGCACAUAGGCUUUCUUUCUCUAUGUCUUCAAAUAACAGGGCAAGGUGUGCAAGGUUUAUUCAACAAUGUCUCAGUUUCCUGGAUGAGCCUGAUCAUCUUGUUGUUCGAGCUCUUGCUCAUGAACAGUUUGCGAGGCUCCUAUUGACAAACAAUGAAGAGUUAAACUUGACACCUUCGGUGCUUCCGGUGGAGUCAGAAGUGAUCAUAUCUGAUGCCGAAGACGAGUCCUUUGAUUUUAUAAAUGGUUUAUCUGCAUCAAGUAUUCAAGAUAUUGUCUAUCCCCCUGUUACCGCAGUCGAACAACUUGAAGAUGAAGGAUUUCGGCAACACUAUGCACAAGAAAAUUCUGCUGAGAUGUCAGUUUCCCAAAACAUAUCUUCAGCUGCGGCAGUGGCUAAAGAGAAUGUUUCAACUCUUGAUGAGAAUGACUUUGUAGUCUCUAAUUUGCCGGAAAGUUCAUCUGAUGUAGUUCAAACUGUUGCUGAUCCACUGUCCUCUAAGCUCGCUGCAAUACAUCAUGUCUCUCAAGCCAUCAAGUCUCUCAGAUGGACACGUCAACUGCAUACUACCAGGCCAGAGCCGAACCUUGAAAGUGAAAUUCGGAAUGAUCAACCUUCAUCGAUGGAUUUCUCGGUGUGUGCCUGUGGAGACUCAGACUGUAUUGAAGUUUGUGACAUUCGUGAGUGGCUUCCAAAAUCAAAAAUAGAUGAUAAAUUAUGGAAGCUUGUCCUAUUGCUUGGAGAAUCUUAUUUGGCCCUUGGCGAAGCUUAUAAGGAUGAUGGUCAGCUCUAUCAGGCAUUGAAGGUUGUAAAAUUGGCCUGCUUGGUCUAUGGAUCAAUGCCUCAAGACGCAAGAUUCAUUUCUUCCAUGGUUUGCAACUCGUUUUCGCAUGGGGAAGUCAAAAAUAGAAGUGAAAAUGCAAAGUCUUCCGUAGGUGAUGAUGUUUUUCCUUUUGAUGGCUUGGCUUCUAAUUACAUAUUCUGGGCCAAAGCUUGGACUCUAGUCGGGGAUGUGUUUGUUGAGUUCUAUUUGACAAAGGGUCCUGAGGUCUUAGGGCGAAGAGGAAGGAAAGGAUCUGCCAAGGACUUGAAAAUGUCGUCUGAAGUACUAAAGGAGGUGGUAAGGUUGAAGAAGAAGAUGGGUCAGUUUAACAAGAACUGCAGUUCGUGCUCAUUAAUAAAUUGCAGCUGCCGGAGUGACAGGGCCAGCAGUGGCAGCAGUGCUAGCAGCAGUGCCAGAGAUUCUUACUCAUCAAGUUAUGGCAGAAAACAGAGUAGAAAAUCAUAUGGCAGAAACAGUCUCCACAAGGAUGAUCAACACACGAAGCAACACAAGAGUGACAAUAUAAAUGAAACUGGUAAGAUUUCAGACGCAAUGCAUGAAAUGAAAUUGGGAGCUGAUCGUUCUAAAGAGACAGAUGGUACAAGGUAUAAUACAGAAGAGACUCCUUCGGAAACUACUUCCAAAGGUAAAACUGCAGCUAAAAGUGGUGGUAUAUUUAAAUACUUGAGCGGUUCUGUAGCUGGUGAUGCGGAUUAUAAUCUUUCUGCUGCCCUUAGCUGUUAUGAAGAAGCCCAAAAGGCCAUGGGUGGACUUCCUUCUACUUCAGCAGAACUACAAUCUGUAUUAAAAAAGAAAGGAUGGGCGUGCAAUGAACUUGGAAGAAAUAGGCUGGAAAUGAAAGAGUUGGGCAAAGCCGAAACUGCUUUUGCCAAGGCGAUCGAUGCAUUUAGACAAGUAGAGGACCACACCAAUGUCAUUUUGAUCAACUGUAACUUUGCCCAUGGACGACGUGCAUUAGCCGAAGAUAUGGUUUCACAGAUCGACAAUCUGAAAAAACACUCCAUGUUCCAAACUGCAUAUACACGGGCACUCGAGACUGCCAAACUACAGUACAGCGAAGCGCUAAGGUACUAUGGAGCUGCAAAAACGGAGCUGAAUGCUCUUUUCGAAAAAGCAGGUCCAGGUCCUGUAUCCACCAGUUUGAAGAAUGAAGUGUACACGCAAUUUGGACAUACGUACCUUAAACUUGGUAUGCUACUAGCAAGAGAAAAUACCUCCGCUGAGGUUUAUGAAAACGGCGUUUUGAAGGAUUGCUCUAUUUCUACACCCACACAAACUCGGAUCGAACACAGAAAGCAUGAAAUAUCAGCAAACGAUGCGAUUCGUGAGGCUUUGGCUGUUUACGAGUCGCUGGGUGAGCUUCGCAGGCAAGAGGUUGCGUAUGCUUAUUUUCAACUUGCUUCCUACCAAAGGGAUUGUUGUUUGAGGUUUUUGGAAUCGGAUCAAAAGAAGAACAAUUCGGCUAAAGGUGAAAACGGUGUGGGCCAAAAGGUGAAGCAAUACGCUUCCUUGGCUGAGAGGAACUGGCAAAAGUCCAUUGAUUUCUACGGGCCAAAAACCCACCCUGUUAUGUACUUGACUAUUCUUAUGGAUAGAUCAGCUUUGUCGUUCAGCCUCUCAAGUUACCUUCACUCCAGUUCGAUGCUUGAAUCAGCCCUGAAUCGCCUUCUCGAAGGACGCAAUGUGUCUGAAAAUAAAUUGCUGAGUGACGAAAAUUCCGAGAUUUGCGUGAAAUUUUGGAGUAAGCUACAAAUGCUCUUGAAGAGUAUGGUGGCUGCAUCACGUUCGACGAAAGCAAACAAAAAUCCCGUAAACACACAGCAAAGUCCUACAAGUAAAUCUGCUGAUGCUAAAAGGCUGUCUGAGCUGUACAAGAUCUCUCUGAAGUCAUCAGAUUUCAGUGAGUUGCAUACAAUGUACAACUUGUGGACAGCAUAAAACUAUAAUUGGUUCUACUGUGACUGGUAAUAUCUGUAAGUAAUUGUAUUAUUUUAUUUAUGGAUAAUUUGUUGUGAAUAAAAGUUUGUUAAUGAUCAGGGAUAUAACGGUCUCUUUGGAUGUGACAUUAUUUAAAUUGCUCCCACGAUUUCUCCAGAAAA